AUGCUACAUACUGUCAAGAAAUUAACAUUUCAUUCAUUGAAAAGAAUUCAGCCUAAUCUCCACAUUACAAGAUUCAAACACGUCUUGGGUAUAGAUUUGGGUACGACAAAUUCUGCAGUGGCCUACGUGGGCUCGGAUAAAGAGCCCCACAUUAUUGAAAAUGAGGAAGGAAAAAGGACGACACCAUCCAUUGUGGCAUUUGAUGACCAAAAAACUUUGGUAGGGAUACCCGCAAAAAGGCAAGCCAUAAUAAACCCCCAGAACACCUUUUUCGCAACUAAGAGGUUGAUUGGUAGAAAAUUUGAAGACAGUGAAGUACAGAGGGAUAUCAGAAAUGUACCUUAUGCAAUAGUACCAAACAAGCAGGGAGAUGCAGUGCUAAGGACUUCCACCGGUCGUGAAAUAAGUCCUUCUGAGAUAGGAGGUUUAAUUCUACAAAAGAUGCAGCAGAUUUCAGAAAAGCAAUUGGGUGAAUCCAACAUCAACCAAGCGGUUGUUACUGUACCAGCUUAUUUCAAUGAUAGUCAAAGACAGGCUACUAAAAACUCAGGUAAGACAGUGGGGUUGGACGUGCUUCGUGUCAUAAAUGAACCUACUGCGGCAGCACUUGCCUACGGCUGUGACAAAUCAAGGAGAGAGGGAAUUGUUGCUGUUUUCGAUUUUGGGGGCGGGACUUUUGACAUUUCUAUUUUGGAUAUCGAGGAUGGCGUUUUUGAAGUCCGGGCAACAAAUGGAAAUACGCACUUGGGUGGUGAGGAUGUUGAUAUCAUUUUGUUGAAACGUAUCAUCGAAAGCUUUAAAGAAAAGUAUGGAAUUGAUUUGUCUAAAAACGAGCUUGCUGUGCAGAGAAUACGAGAGGUUGCGGAAGAUGCUAAAAUUGAGUUGUCGAAAGUAAAGGAAACUGAAAUUAACAUUCCAUUUAUCUAUGAGGACAAACACAUCAGAUUCAAAUUAACGGAGGAUGAACUUGAUGAGAUGUCGAUGCCCAUAAUAGAUCAGGUAAUUGAGCCUGUCAAGAGGUGUGUGAGAGAUGCAGAACUUAAAUUCAAAGAUAUUGAUGAAAUCCUUCUAGUUGGAGGCAUGACUAGAAUGCCCAAGAUUAGGAAGGUUGUGGAAGAGCUUUUUGGUAAAAAGCCCAGUACUGCGGUUAAUCCCGACGAAGCCGUAGCUCUUGGUGCCGCAAUUCAAGGUGCCGUACUUUCUGGUCAAGUUAAGAAUGUGGUGUUACUCGAUGUCACGCCAUUGUCGUUGGGAAUCGAGACAUAUGGCGGAAUUUUUAGUCCUUUGAUACCAAGAAACUCGGCAGUUCCCAUAAAAAAGGAGCAGAUGUUCUCUACUGCAGUAGAUGGACAAACUGGUGUUGAAUUGCGCGUUUACCAAGGUGAGCGAAUGCUUGUAAAGGACAACAAGUUGAUCGGUCAAUUUAAGCUCUCAAAUAUACCCCAAGGACCUAAAGGUACGCCACAGAUUUCCGUUCAGUUUGAGAUUGACGCUGAUGGUAUUAUCAAUGUCAGUGCAUCAGAUAAAACACCCUAUCCGAAAGACUCACCUCACUAUGGGAAACAAAAUACUGUGUCAAUACAAGUUACCGAAGUGGGAUUGACUGAUGCAGAAGUGGAGAAAAUGAUUCAGGAGAGUAACAGGAAUAAAGAAGCAGACGAAGAGAUGAAAAAAUACUACGAGCAUGCAUCAAGAGCAGAGAUACUAUGCACAGACACGGAAGUUGCUUUAAUUCAGUUUGGUGAAAUGAUGGAGAACCCAGAAAAGGAGAGUAUCCAGAGUUAUAUUGACCAAAUUAAAGAAUGCAUCAAUGAUAUAAGAAGUAACAGGAAGCUACACGAUCCUAAAUUCCUCAAUGACAAACUCAAUGAAAUGCAGAAGGAAUGCAUGGAAGCAAUCAAAAAAGUCGCCAUCAAACAACAAGAGCAAGAAAGUAAAUAG